UUUUUUAUAUUUUUACCCUUCUGAUUCCUAAAAUCAGAAGUGGGAUAGGAUUUCGCUCACAAUUAGCCUUGUCUGCAGUAAACAACCGCUAGUUUAAUAAAAUGCGUCGUUCGUCACGUGCACGGUCAGCUGAGACACCACCUCGCGUAGUUAGGAAUAGUCGUUGCUGUGAACGUUCGCGGCGCGGUAGAUAUCGUGAUGACGAAUCGCGAUCAAAUAGCAACGGGUCGUGUCAUGAUAGGAUACGGUCACGUACGCGUUCCCGUGCGGCUAGGAGCCGUUCACGUUCUCGUCACGGUAGGAACCGUUCGCGUUCUUGUGACACUCGAAGCCGUUCGCGUUCUCGAGACGCUAGGAACCGUUCGCAAUCACGAUUCAAUAUCUCGCACUCACGUCGCAAAAUUACUCGCUCACAACAAAAUCGCCUUCGUACUAAUUCACGCGAAAGGUCUAAGUCACGAUCGAUUACCUCGCAUCGUCUUCAGAAUGAUCACCUAUCUUUUUAUCGAGAUACCUCCGUAAAGGAUGCGUUAGGCGCAAUAAUGUCUCGUUUGACCGCGAUAGAGGAGGGUACGUCCAGUGGUUCUCAUAAUCCAAUAACAACUUGCGACAACACACCUCUGUCAGAUGCUAACAACGCCAACGCUAAAACGCUAGUUGAUGCAUUAACUAUGUUGACAAGAGACAAGCCCGGUAAUUAUUACGUUUCGAGCUUCGACCCCGCUAUACAAAAUUUUGAGGUGUGGUGUAACGAAGUUGAGAGGGCUAAAUUAGCGAACCGCUGGGAAGAUCUCGAAUGUUUUUCGCGAGUUGCUCAUUGCUUGAAAGGUGAUGCAAAGAUUUGGUUAAGUGAGUGGACUACCAAUGACCGAUCGUGGUCUAACUUUGUUAGGGAGUUUAGAUCUUUAUGUCCUCAAAGAGUAGACUACGCACAGAUUCUUCAUAGCGUUAUAAACACAACAUCUGACAAGUUUUUAACAUACGCUGAAUACGCACGUCGGUCUUUACUGCGUUUGCGAAUCGUUAAAGGAAUAAGCGACGAACUUAUGGUCCAAAUAGUUAUCCAUGGCAUAAGUGACGUACAGGUACGAGCAGCAGCCACAAACGCUAACUUAACUACGGAUAAUCUUAUCUCGUUUUUGGCAACUUAUGUGAAGCCUACCCGCAAAUUCGAUAGUCGAAACUUUAAUAAACCCGUAUUGUCCAAUUGUGUUGCGGCUAAAAAGCGUAAUUUUAACGGAUCGGAUAGAAGAGAGUACGAAAGCAAGUGCUUUAUUUGCCAUCAAAAGGGUCAUUUCAAAGACAGGUGUCCCAAAAACCGAUAUGUUGUUGACAGGCCGGAAGUUACUAAUAAUACUAAGCUUGUUUGUUCUUUUUGCAAAAAGAUAGGGCACAAAGAUAGUGAAUGCUUUUCCAAAGCUCGAUCUGAGGCUCAAGGCUGCAGUAGCAACCCGCGUAAAGUUAACUUAUGUACUGAGCUCUUAAAUACUGCUAGUAACAACGAUAUUAGCACGGCAGUGAUUCAGGGUAUACCGGUUGACAUUCUUAUCGAUAGUGGCGCUCUCAACGUCUCUUUAAUAUCUUCGGCGAUAAUCGGCCACUUCUCGGGCGCACGAAAGCAUACUAAUUGUUACUUGAAGGGAAUAGGCGAUAAAGAAUUUGUUGCUCGUGAAUAUGUUACUCUGACGGUAGAAUUUCGUAACAUAACACUUGAAGUCGACUUCGUCAUCGUACCCGCACAGUACAUGAAUACUCCUAUCAUAAUAGGGACGGACGUACUCAAUCGCGAUGGUGUCACGUUUAUACGUACAAAACACGAACAAUACUUGACACACACACCCUCUAGCGCACCGGGUAGGGUACUUAAAAUAAACGCAAUUAGUGAGCCAGAGGUGGUAAACACGCCUGUCGAAGGAACAAAUCUUGUUAAGUUGAUGAACAUCGUAAAAGAAUACUCUCAAUUUCUAAUAUCUGGUACAGCAACCACGACUGUGAAAACUGGCAAGAUGCACAUCAACUUGACGAGUGACGUACCGGUAGCUUAUCAUCCAUACCGACUUUCUCAUCAGGAGAAACUCAAGGUUCGCGAUAUUUGUCAAGAUUUGUUAGACAAAGGAAUCAUUAGGGAAUCUGAUUCAGAGUACGCGAGUCCGAUAAUUUUGGUCAAGAAAAAAGACGGCUCGGAUAGAAUGUGCGUUGAUUUUCGGGCACUCAAUCGUAUAACGGUUAAGGAUAGGUAUCCUCUUCCCUUAAUUGAGGACCACAUAGAUCGGCUCGGGGGCGCGAAGUUUUUUACGUCACUAGACAUGGCGUCGGGCUUCCAUCAAAUACCAAUUGAUGAACAUUAUCAAUAAUACCUUACGUAAAUUUAUAGAAGCCGGUAAUGUCCUCGUAUAUAUCGACGACGUCUUAAUAUUG